GCUACUCUGAGUGAUGACUGGUCCGUUGGAAAUUGAAAUGAAGCGAUGUUACUCCACCUUCAAAAGACCGUUUUGUUCAAACCACCAACGGCUCUCUCUACUGGAUUCUUGCAAAACCAUGGACCAAAUCAAGCAAGCUCACGCUCACCUGAUCAUCACCGGCCUUGUCCUAGACCUCAUUCCUGCAACUAGACUCAUAAAGCUCCUCACCCAAUCAAGCUUUGGUUCUCUGCCUUAUGCCCACCUUAUGUUCGAUCAAAUUCCCUCUCCUGAUCUCUUUCUCCACAACACCAUGAUAAAAGCUCACGCACCGACACCCACUUCUUCUCAUAAUUCUCUUCUAAUAUUUCGUUCAAUGGUCCAGGGUUCGAGUCUUUCGCCAAAUCGGUACACGUUCGUCUUUGUCUUCAAGGCGUGUGCCAAUGGUUUGGGAGUUUUGGAAGGGGGGCAGGUUCGGGUUCACGCAAUCAAACUUGGGCUGGAGAGCAAUUUGUUUGUGACGAAUGCAAUGAUUCAGAUGUAUGCAAAUUGGGGAUUGGUUGAGGAUGCUAGAAGGGUGUUCGAGUGGAGCAUUGAACAUGAUUUGUAUUCUUGGAAUACUUUGAUUCGUGGGUAUGUUGCAUUGGGCGAAAUGGAUCGAGCUAAGGAAUUGUUUGAUGAAAUGCCUGAGCGGGAUGUUGUUUCUUGGAGCACUGUCAUAGCUGGUCAUGUACAGGUAGGUUGCUUCAUGGAAGCUUUGAACCUCUUCCACAACAUGCUACACAAGGGUUCUAGACCAAAUGAAUUCACCCUGACGAGUGCUCUUGCAGCAUGUGCUAAUCUAGUGGCAUUGGAUCAAGGAAGGUGGAUUCAUGUGUAUAUCAAGAAGAGCAGGAUUAAGAUGAAUGAGCGAUUGCUUGCUGGCCUCAUAGACAUGUAUGCAAAGUGUGGAGAGAUUGAGUUUGCAUCAAAAGUUUUUUACAAUGAAUGUGUUCCCAAGCGGAAUGUUUGGCCUUGGAAUGCCAUCAUUGGUGGGUUUGCUAUGCAUGGGAAAUCUGAGGAAGCAAUUAAUCUAUUUGAGCAGAUGAAAAUUGAAGAGAUGAUUCCUAACAAAGUCACUUUUGUUGCAUUAUUAAAUGCUUGCAGCCAUGGUAAAAUGGUUGAAGAGGGAAAAGCUUAUUUUGAAUUGAUGUCAAAUUAUGGCAUCAAUCCAGAAUUAGAGCAUUAUGGGUGUAUGGUAGAUCUACUUGGCCGCGCUGGGCACUUAAAGGAAGCUGAAGAGAUUAUAUCAAAUAUGCCAAUUGCUCCAGAUGCUGUCAUUUGGGGGGCUUUAAUUGGUGCUUGUAGGAUUCAUAAAGAUAUUGAGAGAGGAGUAAAAAUAGGGAAAAUUAUUAAGGAAUUGGACUCUAACCAUGUUGGCUGUCAUGUUCUGUUGGCCAAUAUGUAUUCGGUAUCUGGAAAAUGGGAUGAAGCGAAGGUUGUGAGGGAGAAGAUUGAAGUAUGUGGCAGAAAGAAAACCCCAGGUUGCAGUUCUAUUGAGCUAAAUGGAAUGUUCCAUCAAUUUCUCGUGGGAGACCGGUCACACCCACAAACCAAGCUGCUCUAUUUGUUCUUGGAUGAAAUGACAGCCAAGUUAAAGAUUGCUGGGUAUGUUCCAGAAUUUGGAGACGUGUUGCUUGAUAUUGAUGACGAAGAAGAUAAGGAGACGGCUCUGUCAAAACAUAGUGAGAAGUUGGCUAUAGCUUUUGGGUUGAUGAACACAUUGCCUGGAACCCCAAUUCGCAUAGUGAAAAAUUUGAGAGUUUGUGGGGAUUGUCACCAAGCAACAAAGUUCAUAUCUAAGGUUUAUGGUCGGGAAAUUAUUGUUAGAGACAGGAUUAGAUAUCACCAUUUUAAUGAUGGAUUGUGCUCUUGCAAAGAUUAUUGGUAGACAUGGAAACUGCUUGUCCACAGGUCAAAUAUGAGGUCAAAUGGUAUAAUUCCUUCCUUGUUCUCAUGAACAUGAGUUAAAGUCGAGAAAAUUGCUCCAGUAGUUAUGCUAAAAGAAACAUAGUCGACAACAGGGAGCACUGAAAAAAUAGCCGAACAUUUGAUGGUAAAGCAAAUCAAGCAUAAUAGAAGGUAUCAGGGAAGGAAAAGGCACUUCAGGAGCUAACACAUAGAAAAAGCUGUCUCCAAUUUAAGUCCAUUUAUAACAAUGGGAUUGAACGAAAAUGUACCAUAUGCGUAUUGUGGUCAUUAAUACAGUUGGUGAUAUGUGAAAUUCAUUACAAGAAAAUGCAGAGUCAUCAUACUAGAAAGAAAGGUAUAUUAAUAAUGUUUUCUAUGGAGUUGUUUCAUCUUAUGCAUUUUAAUACAUCACAUCAAUGCUGUGUUUGGUGUGCAGGAAUGGAAGAGAAUGGAAUGUUAAUUCCAGCAUUUUGUUUCCAUUCCCAUGUUUGCAGUGAAGUUUAGGAGCAAGAAUUCCCAUUCCCAUGGACUGCUCAUUGCCACAAAAAGUGAAAAUAGGCAUUCCAUCUGGAGACAAAAAAGAUGCCCAUUCUUUCCUGAAGUUGGAACCAGAAAGGAACCUCUCUCUCGGCAACUCAAGAGCUCCAAAUAUUCACAUCGUCGAGAGAGAGACUCAAUUAAGGGCUCCAGUGGGCUGCUGCCCAGCUCUUCCCUCUCCUCACCUCAACCUUGUCAAUUCACAAUUUCACACAAACAUCUCUCUUUUACUAUAGUACUAUAAUUUUCUAUUGCUCGACUCCUUUUUCAAUCUAGAUUUCAUCCAUGUGUAUGUAUACCGAUUUGAUUUUGGAUCUGCUAGUGAUAACGAUCUGUUAGUUGAAUACUACCAUCUGUACUCAUGCAUCAAAACUCGUGCAUGCAUUUGAAUUUGCACUUCUAUAAGUUGAAAAUUGGUUCUUCAGUUUGA